GUUUCGCCUAUGAUUUCGUUGCAUACAUUUUCAUAUAGCGUGAAAAUGACGAAAGAGUAGGGCGAACCGGGACCAGUCUUCAGCGCAUUCCUCGAACUUCAAGUUGUCUAAUCAUGAAUUUCCUAGUAAAGUCUAAUUUUAUGAAAAACAUUGCAGUGUAAUCAAUCGUUCCGAUGACGAUCAAUAAAUUAAUCAUUGACGAGUGAUAAGAUUAAUAAUUAUGAAUUGAUUUGGCGAACAUUUUAAUCAGUAGUGUCGUAAACUCCAAGGAUACGGCAGUGUUCUUGUGGUGUUUUUUUUAAAGAUAUCACCACAGUUUCUGUUGGUUCCCUGUAUUUAAUUAUGGAUCUUGUUAUAAUUUAGUUGCUUCAAAAUAAAUUCAGAAAAAGACUUACGCUAUGGGAAAUUCGAAAUCUAAAAAAGUUCAGAAGGAACCGGACAAGUUUUUCGAACGAGAAAGAUGGAAAGAGCAGAAGAGGGAGGAAAAGAAAAAGAAGAACGUCAAUCUCCAAAAGAGAGUUGCGGUGAAGGAUCCACCUUUAGCUCCUUCAGCCAUGUUAUCAGCACCUACCCUGGGAGGGCCGGUGCCUGCGCCAGCUCAUGUGCGGUCUUAUGAUGAUGAAGCCUUAGACCUCAUGCGGUACCAACUUAACAACGACAGUGACGCCUUUCUGUUGAACAACAUCCUGUUAUCCGUGCAGUUCUUCGAAAACUAUGAAAGGGAGGUACAUCAAAUUAAAAAUAAUCCCAUAAGCGAACGUCAACACACCAUGGACGAGUCAAUGGUACAACAUCACAAGCAUGUGUUUUUUGCGGAUAGAAUUCAAGAGUGUGUCCAAGAUCACAUAAUCUACCAGAGACGGCCUGAUAAGUCUGAACCCCUCAUAGCACCACGUCUCUUUAUAAUUUACGAUAAUGUAGAAGCCAGCGAGCCUGGUGAUACUUCUGACUACUGUGCAGUUCUCGAUGCACCAUUUUACAAACUUCGGAUAGAAGAUAGCAAGGAAUCAGGGUAUGUAAAAUUGAAGAAGUUAGAAAUUUUAGAAAGCACGCUUCCCAAAGAAAAUGAAGUCAUACCAACUUUUAACUGUGACGAUAGCGUAUAUACUGAUUCAGAAAAAGAAUCACAUGCAUCAGAUGAUCCACCAUAUUUAGACAAGGAAGACAUCUUAAGUAAAAAUCUGCAAAAUAGGAAUUCCCGUAAUUUCAGUUCGGAAAGAUUUGAUGAUACUGUUUUCGAAAGUGUAAAUAAUAAAUGCAAUGAUUUUCCCAGUAUCGAAACUUCAUCAUUUAAUGUACGUGAAGAAAAAGAAGUCAUCAUUGGUGUAGAUGGUAAAGAAAAUCUUAAUCAUGAUACAAAACCCAGAAAAUCAAUUUUAAAACAAGGAAGGCGCCACAGUGAAAUCCUAAAUAAACAGGUAGAUGGUACUCAAAAAAUCUUACAAACCAGUCACAUAUCGCUAGACAAUAUUACCGCUGAAGAUACAGAAACGUCAGGAUACCGAUCAAAUGCAAGCAGUCGUCAAACAGAAGCAAGUGAAACAGAAUCUGAUUAUGGUUAUGCAACUAUUACUGAAUCAACGACACCGAAGAAAGUAGAACUUAGCCUACAGACAAAUCAUACCACUACAUCUGGAGUUUUACCAGACGAAAGUUGGGUAACAGUGAACGUUCGAUCAGUUGACUGGAGUGAUGACGAGGACGACGACAUAAGUUCAAAAGUAUCACUAAAUAGAGAUCUAUACGAAAGUAAUCAUUAUCUAAGUUCUAUAACAUUUAUGAAUGACUUCGUAGAUAAUUUCAUACUACAUUUGGGAUCGGGAUUGGGAUUUCCUCAAGAUACCGUAAAGAAUUCUUUAACACAGGGAGCUAGUAUUUAUUGCAAUGCUUUAAAGAACGGUUCGCAUGCUAGUUAUGAAGUUUUUCCAGCCCUCAUAGCCGCUUGGCCAAACACCGCCAAUCAAUGGAUUAUAAGAGAAAGAAAAAUAAUACAAAAUCCGAGAACAAACUUUAGUUAUCAGUGGCCCACCAAAUAUAUGGUGAGCAAAGCCAUUGGCUUUGGUUGUCUAUUAGUACCAGUAGGGUUUAGACCAAAAAGGGGCAUUAACCCGGAUCAAAGGUUACAAUGGAAAGUUAUGUUUCCAGCAGCAGAACGCUAUUUAGAAAGUUGCUUGGCUCAUUCUCAUAUGCGCUGUUAUUUAUUUGCCUUAGCUUUACACAAAACUUUUAUGGAAAAUGAAACUUCUAAAAUAGGAAUCGAUGCUAGUCACAUCAAAAAUCAUUUGUUUUGGCAAUGUGAAGAUAACUAUGCUAGAUGGCCGGAAGAUCGAUUAGGCGAGUCGCUAAGGUUGUUUUUGAGAAGGUUUUAUAUUCAUUUCGGAAAGUCUCGGUUUCCAAAUUACUUUAUCGAAAGUUGCAAUGAAUUUAAAUGUAUUCCUAAGCCUCUGCUAUUAAAAUUACAAAGAAAAUUAGCAGACAUUCUAGAGACACCUGUUAUGCAUUUAUUAAAUGCUGUCAACAAAUUGAAAUAUACAAAAAGAGAUUUUUAUCCAAAAUUUAACGCUCUAAGACUAUAUGAAAUUUUAACUUGCAAAAAUCCAUGGCGAAUUUUAAACCCACAAAUACCUGUUGUAGUAUCUAACAAUAAUGAAAGUUCUGACAGUGAUGAUGAUGACCGAAUACAUAAUAUAUGGGACAAAGCAAAGGCUCAUGAUAAAAAUUAUCAAUGGAAGAAAGAAAAAUUGAAACAAUUGAAAGUAAGGCGAGCUAAUACAGCCAAUAAAAAGCAAAGAAAAUCUGGGAAAGUAGAAAUCGAAAUUAAUAAAAAUAUUAUAUUACCGGUGAAAAUGGAAAUAGAACGUCGGCGUUUGGUGCUAGAAUUUUUCAUACCACAUUUCAUAGCGAUGGCACGUUCGAGUGAAAAGUUCGACGCUUUAAGACAAGCAGUAAUUUAUUUGGAGCAGGCUCAAAGAUUGUGCUACCUUCUGCGAGAAGAACCCGCUGGAGAAGGCACUGCUAAUGAGUAUUUAGAUGUCAUUCGUGAUAAGUUAAAAGAUUGUCAACGUAAACUUGUGAAUCAGGGAGGUUACAAAUUACCACCGAGAGACAAAAGUAACAUAGAACGGAAUGUGCCGUCAAAUUUGAUCAAAAAACAUCGGCCAAAAUGUGAACACAUUAUAAAUCAGGAUUCUCCAUCAGAAGGCGGUAGUUUAACACAGUUCACAUUUGCAGAUAUCCAUGUGGAAAAUAAUUUUAUCCAGAUCAAUGGGACAGAGGAAUCGAAAUUGUAAAGCGAUCUCUUUGAAAAUUUUGUAAAUAUAUUGUAAAGUUUCUUUUGGUUAUUCGAGCAAUAAGUUUGAAUUUGAUACUCGUAUUGAAAAUAAUCGAA